UUGGUGUUGUGUGCGGUGUGCGGUGUGAUUCUGCGUCAUGUAUGCUGUCAAAUGUCAAUUUAACAAUUUCCAGAUAAUUUCCGAAAAAACGUGAAGUGGUCUUUUGUCAGUUCACCAGUGUUUGUUAUUUUUUGUGGUCAGCUUUAGGUUCACGAUAUUGAGUAACUGGAAGAUAGAUUUAUAAAGGAUGUCUUGGAAUAGUGGACCCUAUCCACAAGGAAACCAAGGUUACUAUGGAGGUCCACCACCGCAGCAACCAUUUCCGGGUGCCGGUGGUUACCCUGGUGCACCUCCAUCAGGAUAUCCUGCACCACCACCAGGUUAUCCAGGUGCACCGCCACCAAGUGCAUACCCUGGACAACCGGGAUUUAAUCCACCGCCACAGCAGCCAUACGGAAGCCCAUAUGACUCGGCCCCACAACCAGGUGAAACAACUCCCUUUUCUUAUAACACUGGCAUGUACGGAGGCGCAAGCUACCCUGGCGACGAUCCCGAAGUGAAGGGAUUCGACUUCUCAGACAAAAGUAUCCGUCGCGGCUUCAUCCGCAAAGUCUACUCAAUUUUGAUGGUACAGCUUUCCAUAUCUCUUGGAUUCAUCGCGUGGUUUUUGUACCAUGAACCGACCCGACUUUUCGUCAGAGCCCACGUCGAGUUGCUGAUUAUAUCCCUCGUGGUCUUGUUCGUUACAAUGAUAGCCCUGGUCUGCUGCGGGGAAGUACGAAGAAAGACCCCGACAAACUACAUUUUCCUCUUCAUCUUCACUCUGGCAGAAUCCUUCGUCCUUGCGGUCAGCUCCUCGACGUACCAAGCCGAAGAAGUUAUGAUGGCAGUUGGCAUCACGGCAGCCGUUUGUUUGGGGUUGACACUCUUUGCUUUCCAAACGAAAUACGAUUUUACGAUGUGCGGUGGAAUACUGUUUGUUGCGGUGUUGAUUCUGCUGAUCUUUGGUAUUGUCACUAUUUUUGUUCAGACUAAAGUUUUGAAAAUGGUCUACGCCUCAUUGGGCGCUUUAAUAUUUUCGAUCUACUUGAUAUAUGACACGCAGCUCAUGUUGGGUGGCAACCAUAAGUAUUCCAUCUCGCCCGAAGAAUACGUUUUUGCCGCUCUUAACUUAUACAUCGAUAUUAUUAACAUUUUCAUGUACAUUUUAUCGAUUAUUGGUACUUCAAGGGACUAGGAGUAGCUUACAAAUUGUGAAUAGUUUGUACUGUUUUGGUGAGAAUUUUUUUUGUUUUUUUGUUAAUUAUUGUUCUUGAAAAACUACGUUUUGUUAUAUUUGGUAUUUAAUAAACGCUAUGGAAAUAACUUUUCAUAAAUAAUUAACACGUAAGAAAAAUUUUUUAUUCUUUCGUUCGAAUACAUUUGGAGUACUACUCAAUGUUGGUUGUUGUCUUAAUACUUCUAACUAUGUCAACACCAGACUCUGAGACAUUUCUGCUAAUAUAACGUGACUUCAGGUGAUUUAAAGCGACUGAAUUUUAUGAUAACUUUUACACGGUAGAGGGAUUUACGCAGGCUUCACGUUUGGUAGGUCUUGCAGAAGUGUCUCAUGCUUUCAAUCUUACUGAUGAAAAUAACUGUAGAAUUCGAUCAGUGGAAGUAGUUUUUAGAUUAUUUGAGAUCAGUGAAUAUAGCAGCCACUGACAAACGCUUCACAUAUUUAAGACCUAAAAGCGUUUUGUGAUGACUCACUGUUACCUUGAUCACAAUAAUUAAUAAUUCCUUAAUCAGUAUAUAAUAAUAUAUUGUAUAGAAAUAGAGAUAACUAUAGUUUUUAAUGUUUACUGUAUUAUGCUUAAAUGAAGAAUAAAUGCACUGAAAUAUUGUCUUAA